CUCACCGAGAGAAGGCAKCAACAUGGAUGAGCUCGAUUUGCUGUUAGAAGAGUUGGKCCUGAAUCCAUCAGGUUCAAGCAGCGCUGCAGAAAACAGAAACAAGAAUACAGCUGACAAAAAGGUUUCAGGUGCAGAUUUGACUGGAAUCAGUAUAAAAGGUUCGACAUCAGACGCCUCACAUGUCUACAGCGACCUGCCAMCUCCUGUGUCUGCUUGUCUUGAGCCUGACUCGCCCACUCAAGAACUGGACUUUAUCCUACAGGAUUUAAUGGGUCUGGCACAAGGGGACCAUUUACCUUCACCUCCACCACCAGUGACAGAAAAAAGGAACCCAGAAGAGGGAAAACAGGAGAAAAAGCAGGAAGGAAGUAGCAGCCGUGGUGGUCCGGCAGGUUCAGGUGAGACAGACCCAGCUCAGAGACAGAAGACAGACACCAUAGAUGACCUCCUGGGAGGGCUGAGCUCUGAUCUGGAGAAGAUUGGCGUGCGGACCACUGCUAAAGGCCACUGUGCCGCGUGCAACAAAUGCAUUGUGGGAAAGAUGAUCACAGCACUGGGCCAGGUGUGGCACGUUGAGCACUUUGUAUGUGCCGUGUGCAAGAAGGAGCUGAGCUCGAUGGGCUUCUUUGAGCGGGAGGGACAGCCGUACUGCAGCGACGACUACCAUCAGCUGUUCUCUCCACGCUGCGCCUACUGCAAGGGGCCUAUUCUGAAAAACAUCCUGACAGCUCUGGACCAGACCUGGCACCCGGAGCACUUCUUCUGCACACACUGUGGAGACCGCUUUGGAGCAGAAGGCUUUCUGGAGAAGGAUGGCAAACCGUACUGCUGUAAGGACUUCUACCACCUCUUUGCACCAAAGUGCUCGGGCUGCGGGGAACCCGUGAGGGAGAACUACCUGACUGCAGCCAACGGCACCUGGCAUCCGGAGUGCUUCGUCUGCGCGGAUUGCCUGAAGCCAUUUACCAACGGCUGCUUCAUGGAGCUGGACGGUCGACCCCUCUGUGCUCUGGACUUUCACUCGAGGCAGGGCACUCUGUGCGGCGGCUGCGGUGAGCCCGUCACCGGCCGCUGCAUCUCUGCUCUGGAGCGCAAGUUUCACCCCGAGCACUUUGUGUGUGCCUUCUGUCUACGGCAGCUCAGCCAGGGCAUCUUCAAGGAGCAGAAAGGGAAGCCUUACUGUUCGCUUUGCUUCAACAAACUCUUUCUGUGAAACAGUUUGCAGCCAGUAACACAUGGAUGGUGCAUCGAGUACAACUAUCAGUGCUGGGGAUUAUGGACUGCUGUAUUACAAUACAUCCAUCUUCAUUUUGAAAUCCUUCUUCAGCUGAUUAAAAAAAUUUUAAAAGCUCGUUUUGUGAACUAAAAUAAGAGAUUACGUGAGACUAACCUAAGUCAUUUGGUUAUGUUAACACUGACAYGGUUUUAGCACACAAAGAAAUAUUUGUGACUGCAGGAAACAUUGAAUAAAUGGUUACGUAUGUAAACCUUGAAAACUGCUAAAAACUGUGUUGCUGUCACUUGGUUCAAAUUUGAUGGGAUUUCACACAAAGCGAUUGCAUCAAAUACACAAUUGGAGACAGGCAAACCCAGAAUGCUGUUUUAAUCCAUGGUUCCUGUAAAGCUGUUCUCGGUUUGCCUUGAGACUUGGCAGUCUGGAAAUACUUUCCGUCAGUUCGAGGUGUUUUGUCUUUGUGGCCUGAUCGCUUGUCUUGGCACUGACUGGCAUGGAAUCGUUUAUGCCAACCUGUGAUUCCUCUUCCUCUUGGCUACUGCCAGGAACCGGAGCCAGGCAUCCUCUUCAUCCUCCACACAGGCUCUUUUAUGGCUGCUUAUGGAGAUUAAUGAAUGUGGUGAGGUUAACAAAGGUAGUUUCAAAAGGCGCUCCCUCACAUCCAGRGUCUCUCCAGAAACUCCCUUUUUGACUGGUGAGAGUUGAACAAACCACAAAAUGUUUUAAUACUUUGGCAGAUUUAGACUCAUUUUGUUGUGGGCUGAUAUCCAGUAUGUAUUUUUUAUUUUAGUUGUAGGGCCUAAAGAUGAGACCAGUGUUCUUCUAGCAAAAGUGUUCCAUUUCUUGAAGUUUAUUGUCAGUUUUGCUGAUUUAAAGCAUAACAAACGUUGUGUUUUGCACAUAAUAAUAUGCUCACACAGCAUUGAACCUCCUAAAUUCAUUUAAAAAUGUUUUUUUAAUAAAAGGCUUGAAGUAUA